AUGGCCGACCAUGACGCAGUGGCUCAGGUUGAAAAUGAAGAUGAAAAACAGGAACAUGAUGUUUUGCCUGCUGAUAACGAUGACAUUGUAGAAGAGGGUAGCCAGGCUGAUGCACCUAAGAAGAAGAAAAAGAAGAAGAAAAAGAAAAAGACAGAUGCUGAAGCUCCUGAUGUAGAACAAGACGAAGGAUCCAAGAAAGCUGUUAAUGACAUCGCAGAAAAAUUGGAAGGACAUACCCUUAAUGGAGAUGCUGCAGAAGGCGAAGACCAGACUAGUGGAGAAUCUGUGGUCAAGAAGAAGAAGAAAAAGAAGAAGAAGGGAGGAAAACAGCAGACAGAUCCCCCAUCAAUACCAAUCUCAGAACUGUUUCCUGAUGGUAACUACCCUGAAGGGCAGGUGACAGAAUAUCCACCAUUGAAGGAUGACCGAACUGCCAAAGACAGAUUCACAAGUGAAGAGAAGAAAGCAUUAGAUAGAGCUAACAUAGAAGUGUACCAAGAAAUACGACAGGCAGCAGAAGCUCACAGACAGACACGAAUGUAUAUGCAGAACUACAUAAAACCAGGGAUGACAAUGAUACAUAUCUGUGAAACACUUGAAAAUAUGGCGAGGAAGCUAAUUAAUGAGAAAGGCCUGGAAGCAGGACUAGCGUUCCCCACUGGCUGCUCCAUUAAUCAUUGUGCUGCCCAUUACACACCCAAUGCUGGUGACCCAACAGUCCUACAGUAUGAUGAUGUGUGUAAGAUAGAUUUUGGUACACACAUAAAUGGUAGGAUCAUUGACUGUGCUUUCACACUCACAUUCAACCCAAAGUUUGACCGCCUAAAACAGGCUGUACAAGAUGCAACCAAUACAGGGAUCAAGGAAGCUGGCAUAGAUGUACGUCUCUGUGAUAUUGGUGAGUCCAUCCAGGAAGUGAUGGAAUCUUACGAAGUUGACUUGGACGGGAAGACAUACCAGGUGAAAGCUAUCAGGAACCUAAAUGGUCAUUCUAUCGGGCCAUACAGAAUACAUGCCGGAAAAACUGUUCCCAUUGUGAAAGGAGGGGAAGCAACCAAAAUGGAGGAAAUGGAAUUCUAUGCAAUUGAGACGUUCGGUAGUACAGGAAAAGGAAUGGUACAUGACGAUAUGGAAACAUCACAUUACAUGAAAAACUUUGAAGUAGGGCAUGUUCCUCUCAGGGUCCAAAAAUCUAAGCAUCUAUUGAAUGUGAUCAACCAGAAUUUCAGCACGUUAGCAUUUUGUCGUAGAUGGCUAGACCGAAUUGGAGAGACCAAAUAUCUAAUAGCUCUUAAAAAUCUCUGUGACGUUGGCAUCAUCGAUGCAUACCCUCCUCUGUGUGAUAUAAAGGGCUGCUACACAGCUCAGUUUGAACACACAAUACUGUUACGACCGACAUGUAAAGAAAUCAUCAGUCGAGGUCCUGACUACUAAACCUGGGUAGUUUUAGCACUGUGUUCAGGGCGGUGCAUACUUAUAGGUGUGUAAAACAUUGCCCAAAUAUCUUUAUUGGUUAUGAGAGAUAGUGCAAAGUCAGCAUUAAGUGACUGCUGUGAUCGAACUUGUGGAAGAAAGUGCUGUAAUGACUAUAUGUUGAUAUCCUUUAGUGCUAUCAUUACUUUGGCUCCCGCUGCUGAUGAUAAGGACAGGACGUCCAGGUGGAGUAUUAUCCCAGAAAUCUUGUGGAUAUAGAUGUCGGAUGGAAAUAACUCAGUAUCUUGCAAAAUUAGUUGCCUUUUUUUUUCUUUUUUGUUUUUUGUUUUUGUUAAAAGAGGAAACAGAAAAUUGGAAUAAAUGUGCCAUAAGGGAUAACUUUCAGGGAAACAAAUUGAAAUCCUUAAAACCUUCAAUACCUUUUCCCAAAAUGCUUGUGGCAGGUGGAGACUAUUUUUAUGAAGAAAAGAAUUUAAAGAAAAAAUUAGACUUUAACCUUGUAAACUUGAUAUUACAAAUGUAUUCUAUAUGAUUUAGUUUAACAUUAUGCCAGGUGCAUUGAUGCCUCUGUGUAUGUUAUUUAAAUAUAAUGCACAACUAGCUGUUUUUGAGGACUUUUGAGAGAUAUAUUGUAUUACAGUAUAGUGAAACUUAACAUACAUACCAUGUAUGAGACCGAAAUAUUCAGUCAAAUAAAACAAAAAAAAUCAGAAAAAAUAAAAAAUAGAUGUAGUAGCAUUUGAGCUGCAAAAUCAUGUUCAACACUUUGGAAAGUUAUACAUUCAUCAGGUUUGCCCAAAUUGCAUCUAGAUCUGUAUUUAUUUUUUAUACUCUGAACAUCUUUUGAAAAGACAACUUUCCAGGAAGACAAUUUAGAAAAUAGAAGUUUAUCCUGCUUUGGUCGUUUUGUUUUGUUCUUUCCUCGGGCAUAGAACUCAUUGUGUGUCAAGAAAACAUUUAGGAUCUAGACAGUAUGAUCUGGCAAUGACAACGAAAGCUGUACAGAUGAAUGUCGAUUCUAUCACCUAGUAUUCAUCCUACCUGACUUCUUAUUUAAGGAAGACAUACAGUGUGUGCCUCCAAGUCUACCUGGCUUUUGAUAUUAAAGAAGAUAAAAUAUUCAA